GACCCUUAUUUAAGAACCGUGGUUGUGCAAAAGACUGAAAGCAAGAAAAGAGGAAAAAAAAUGGUUUCCUCCAAAGUUCUCUUCUUAUUUGCUUUGUCAACUUUAGCUCUGCAAAUAUCUGCUUUUGCAGAUAGUAAUGAGAAAAAUGAAGAAAACCCAGGACUUGUUAUGAACUUUUACAAAGGUUCAUGUCCUCAAGCUGAAGACAUCAUCAAAGAACAAGUCAAGCUUCUCUACAAACGUCACAAAAACACUGCAUUUUCAUGGUUGAGAAACCUUUUUCAUGACUGUGCUGUUGAAUCUUGUGAUGCUUCACUUCUGCUUGAUUCAACAAAGAAGGAAUUGUCUGAGAAGGAGACUGAUAGAAGUUUUGGGCUAAGAAAUUUCAGAUACCUUGACACCAUCAAAGAAGCUGUUGAAAGAGAGUGCCCUCAAGUCGUUUCUUGUGCAGAUAUCCUUGUCUUGUCUGCUAGAGAUGGCAUUGUUGCACUUGGAGGUCCACAGAUCCCUCUAAAAACAGGAAGAAGAGAUGGUAGGAAGAGCCGUGCACAAAUCCUCGAGCAGUACCUCCCCGAUCACAACGAAAGCAUCUCCGUUGUUCUUGACAGAUUUUCCUCCAUGGGUAUUAAUACCCCUGGGCUCGUCGCCUUGUUAGGUGCUCACAGUGUGGGAAGGACUCACUGUGUCAAACUGGUGCAUCGUUUGUACCCAGAGGUGUCCCCUGAAAUCAACCCUGACCAUGUUGAACACAUGCUCCACAAAUGCCCUGAUGCAAUUCCCGAUCCAAAGGCCGUUCAGUACGUGAGGAACGACCGUGGCACACCCAUGAUCCUGGACAAUAAUUACUACAGAAACAUAUUGGACAACAAGGGUUUGCUCAUAGUGGACCACCUGCUAGCUACAGACCCCAGGACUAAGCCGUAUGUAAAGAAAAUGGCAAAGAGUGCAGACUACUGGUCCAAGGAGUUUUCAAGAGCCAUUACCAUUCUUUCUGAAAAUAACCCUCUUACUGGUACUAAGGGUGAGAUCAGAAAGCAUUGCAGUGUUGCAAACAAACACCACUCUAGUGUAUGAUAAGGUUUUACUGGCGUGUUUGGCUCUAGAGUGAACUGGUCAUGGUUUGGUUUAUGUAGAUGGUGACUUUAGUGCUUGCAGCACAUAAUCACCACCUUUUGCCUUUGCUGUUAGUUUAGGUUUCCUUUUGUCAAUGACGGGUAUCGUAAACGACGGUACGAUGUACGCUUAUGUAUGGUGGUGACGGUGUAUGUGCAUUGAUAAUAAUAACAUGGUUGUUGGUGAUUCAUGUGAAA